GGGGUUUGGGGGGAGCACCGGAAGGGUUUCGGGGGAGCACCGCGCCGGAACCGGAGCAGGGCCGGAAGUUCCCUCGCCCCGGCGCUCCUGGGCCGCGGGGCAGCGCCGCGCCCUUCAUGGAAGAGAUGUCGGGAGAAAGCGUGGUGAGCUCGGCGGUGCCGGCGGCUGCCACCCGCACCACCUCCUUCAAGGGCGCCAGCCCCAGCUCCAAGUACGUCAAGCUGAACAUCGGCGGCGCCCUCUACUACACCACCAUGCAGACGCUGACCAAGCAGGACACGAUGCUCAAAGCCAUGUUCAGCGGCCGAAUGGAAGUGCUGACCGACAGCGAAGGCUGGAUCCUGAUCGACCGCUGUGGGAAGCAUUUUGGGACGAUCCUGAACUACCUGCGCGACGGGGCCGUGCCGCUCCCUGAGAGCCGCCGAGAGAUAGAGGAGCUGCUGGCCGAGGCGAAGUACUACCUGGUGCAGGGGCUGGUGGACGAGUGCCAAGCAGCCUUGCAGAACAAAGAUGCGUAUGAACCGUUCUGCAAGGUGCCGGUCAUCACGUCGUCCAAGGAAGAGCAAAAGCUGAUAGCCACUUCCAAUAAGCCGGCGGUGAAGUUGCUGUAUAACAGGAGCAACAACAAAUAUUCCUACACCAGCAACUCUGACGACAACAUGCUGAAGAACAUCGAGCUGUUCGAUAAGCUCUCCUUGAGGUUUAACGGGAGGGUGCUGUUUAUAAAAGACGUGAUUGGAGACGAGAUCUGCUGCUGGUCUUUCUACGGCCAGGGACGGAAGAUUGCUGAAGUCUGUUGCACUUCCAUUGUUUAUGCCACUGAGAAAAAGCAGACAAAGGUGGAGUUCCCAGAAGCCCGCAUUUACGAGGAGACGCUGAACAUUCUGCUGUACGAGUCCCAGGACGGGAGAGGACCUGACAACGCGCUCCUGGAAGCCACAGGAGGGGCAGCUGGGCGCUCCCACCACUUAGAAGAAGAUGAGGAGCGGGAGCGCAUCGAGCGCGUGCGAAGAAUUCACAUUAAGCGUCCAGAUGACAGAGCCCACCUGCACCAGUGAGCUGCCCGACGGCCGCAGGCUGCGCGGGGCUGUCUGGGAGGCGCUGCCCUUCCCCUGAUUGAUCGUCCGCAGCAGAGGACCGGGCAGCUCCUCUUCUCUUCAACAAAGUCUGUAAAUUCCGUUUUGUAACAAACUAGGUUAUUUGGGGUAUUUAAACACAGUAGUUCUAGGACAGGAAUAAGCAAGGUCACCGGGCGUACGGUAGAUAUGUAAGGCCCCGUUGAGCAUCUGGAGAAAUGCCCUGGAUUUUUAGCACUCUUGUCUUUGCCCUUUUGUGGUUAGUGAGGAAGAAGGCUGGCUCCCUUUGGCUUUUGUAACUAUCCUGCACUUUAAAACAAACCGACAAACAAACCCAACAGCAACAAAAGGUCAGUCAGCCACCUGUCUUCCUUCCAGGCACUCCCUGGCCCUGUCUCCUCCUGGGCAUGGGAGAAACGCGGCGAUCCGAGCACCGGAGCUGCUGCAGAGCUCCCUCUCCUCCAGGCCUGCAGGCAAUAGUGCUGGUAGCUCGGGAGUGCCUCAGCACUGCUGCUGGUCAGGCAAGCGCCGUGUGCUGAGCGCCGGGUGCUGAGCACCGUCUGCUGGCUUGGCCUCGGCAGUGCCUAGGGCAGAGGGAGCCCCGUGCGGUGCCGCGUCGGGGGAGCUGCUUGUGCUGGGCUGGCCGGGCAGCUGCCUGCAGCUCCCCGCCGCGCUCGGGGCCCUCUCCUCCAACGGUUUGGUGGAGCUUCUCCAGCACGGAAUUGUGGAGGCCUUUGUCUCAAAAAAACCCCUUUGCUUUGUCGGUGCAGUGCUGGGGGGGAGAUGUUAAAAUUCCUCCAGACGGAGGGUCAGGAGCUAGUUGCACCGGACGGCUUUUCCUUGGGGGUGUUGCUACCAGUUGGAGCUUAGAACUUCUGCCUGACCCCACACCUGCACUGGGGAGCCUACUUCCAUCAAAUUACGGAUCAGUAAGCCGUGCUUGCUGUCCUGCCUUCACCACGGGUUAGAUUUCAUCGCGGGUUCAACCACUCCAUGCCUGCCUCACGUAGGCUGGAGGCCAGCAGCCGUAGUUGGGUUCUGUGACUGACAGAGGAGCGUUGUCUCGCACUGAGUGAGGGCAGCGAGUACCACGGGGAGGAAAAGACGGUGGCCCAGAGGUGGCUGAUCCUCGUUUGCCUUUCCCUGAGCAUAUUUCCAAGUCUCUUUGCAGAAAUGGCAGCUGUGUGUGAAAGGGCGGAGCUGAAAUGUGUAGAGAAAGCUGUAUCGUCUCGCUUCCUGAGAGUAGUCCUCUAUUAUAAAUGAGUGUUUUAUCUACCUCCUAGUCUCGUGUUGCCUCGUGUGGAGUCAAGUAGCAAUUAUAGUGGUAGAAGAUCGUGUGUAACUCAAUAGGAUUGGAUGCUAAAGGAUAGUGAGAAGAGCUACGGCUGUAAUGGUCAAUGCAGCAAAUCUUGGCAGGGAGAGAAACCAGCGGCAGCGAGUCUUAAACUUCCAGGCAGGAUGGCAGCCUGGCAGCCCCCACAGUACUUCGGUUUAUUCCAUUAUUUUUCACUCUUCACCUGGAAUAUCUAACGCUGGCCUCGACAGCCAGGUGUCUCACAGAGCAGCAGCUCUUUACGCAGUGAGGUGGGUAUUUGCUUCUGUAAACUUCGUGCUCCAAGGAGUCCUGCUCCUGGCUCAGGGCUGAUGAUGGCGUCCUGACACGCCCAAAACCAAAGGUGUGGUCAGCGUCACCGGCUAUGUUACGCCGCUGCUUUUAUUUCAAAUUGCAGAGAAGCUGUCUGGGAUCUAACUGCUAAGGCUAAAGCCUUUUGUUUGCUCGGUGGUACGCUUCUGGGGCAUCAUGUAAGCCUAAAAACUUUCACGGUUAGGCCGAAGCUGUCUUUCUAGUAACCAAAGACUUUUCUAAAUCACAGACACCGUCUGUGGCAGAUGUGAGUGUUGGUCCUGUCUCCUCUUAUCUUUCUUCAGCUACUGAUAAGUAAGAACUCAGCAGUGCCCGGCCCUAUCGGUGUAGUUCAGCAGCUUCAGCUAUGUCCUUCCUACCCUGGGCUCCUGUUUUAAGCCGUACCUGCGUGCGUUGGCAGCGGUGCCACACUGGGUUCGUACAAGUCCAUAGUGCAGAUCGUUGGGAGGCCCCAGUGCCUCUCCCUGACCUUCCUCAUGCGAUAAGCUGGGGAGCAUGGAGGUAGAGUCCCCGGGGUUGCUCUCUGGCACCGUGUACUUUGACACUUACUGGUGAAUUCCGGGGCUGUUGGUGGGGGUCUGAGUGUCCGUAACAGGCCUACUGCCCUCGAGGGGGGCUACGCUCUGCCCCGUUUUAAGCCAUUUUCUGACUCCUGUGUCUCAGCGGCUGUGCUGUGCUCUUGCAGGCCAUGGGGGGGGUGAAGGCACCAGCUGCGUCCCGUACAAUACAGCGCAAGUCCUGCAGCAACCCCUGCUCGCUUUGUUAGCGAUACAGAACUGACUCGGUCCUGGCUGUGUGGGGGACAGGCCACCUCACCCUCCUGCACGGCUGGGUGUGCGGUUGUGGGGCCAGCAGGUGGCUCAGCACAGGGGCAGAGGAGCUUUGGCCAGUGGGGGCUGGUCAAACACCAUCCGGUCCCUUCCUGGGGUGCAAGAGCAGCUUUGGCUCCAGAUGACGUGUCGACACCAGUGCUGAGCACCUGACAGGUCACAGCUCUGUGAUUAACGUCUCUGUAAAUAGAUCCGUAACUGGCUUCGGGAUUUCCUCGUUCAGGUCUUGCAAACUACGUUCUUAAAAGAUAGGGGUGAUUUUUUUUUUUAACUUAAUCUUUUACAGCUGUUUAUUGUAGGCAUUGCUUUAGUCACUCCAGGAGAGUUUGAGUAGGUUUCAGUUUUGGUAUUGGAUUAAGGGCAGGCUCUGCCUUAACACACUCCAAUCUGAGCUAAUUGCCCCAGCUGUGUAAUAACGAUGUUAAUAACGCUGUAUUGCUGUCACGUUACAACAGCCUUUACAUACUGGCCGCUUGUCCUUGCUUUGUUGAGACUUAGUGAACAAAACCAGCUCCCACAGCCACUUACUGCCAUUGCACAAAUGCUCCUAGCUCUUGAGCCUUUGACUUUAAAUGGUUUUGCCACUGCAGCUCUCGGGGGAAGUUAGGGUGCAGGGCAGCCACCCUGCUCACAAGCAGCGCCUAAGCUUCUGGAGUACUGCAUGGCACAAACAGUGCAGCCCUGGCUCCUGGGAUUCGUGCACGGUACCCUCCAGCACCCAGUAAUACUGACACUAGAGUAGCGCAGGCUGAAGCCUUGCCCUUGGAAGUGAUUUUUGUCCAUUAGAACGAUGCAGAAAAGCUUCAAAUCAGCAGCUGGUGACACCGUUAGGGGUGUACAGAACAGGCAAGAGUAAUCACCAGCCCCAGGCUAGCUGAGAACGCUUUUGCUCCCACCUCUCGGAAUAGCUGGAGCUCCACAAAGCAGCCGCUCCUGUAUUUGUACAGCCAGGUUCUGGAGCCCACCCUGCUGCAGGACAUCACCUGGUCAAAGCCCUUGGGGAAGUCUCCAAGCUCCAGUCUUACCUUUGUGCAAGGGGCGAGUGGAACCUUUUAGUCUUAACGGCAGUGUUGUGUUUCGUGUUCUGUACAAUCAUUCCCUCCCAUUUUGUACUUCUACACAAAAAAGCUUAAGAUGGAUUUCAGUGUAUGGUUGAUGUUUGCAAUAUGUACUUUUUUUUUAAUAUAACAAAAUAAAUUAGAAAAUAUUUCAUAUUUA